GCAUGCUCCAAAAGUUUCAGCCUGCUCGUUACCCUACUUCUUACUCUCUUCCCCUCAGCCUGACGCUUCGCUGCACAAGAUGAACAACACUGUCAGGACUGACAGACUCGAUGAAGCAAUAUGGAAUCGCUAUCGUACAACGAUCGAGAGCCUAUACUGGGAAAAGUCACUCGAUAAGAUCGAUGCGCACAUGAAGAAGCAUCAUGGUUUCGUCGCUAGUAAAUCACAAUACGAAAGGCAUUUCCGCAAAUGGGAACUACGGAAGAAUCUGACCACGGCCGAAUGGGCAGCCACUAUCAGGUAUUUGAUGAGGAACUCAAUUGAUCUCGAGCAAGUCGAAGUGUUAUUCAAGGGACGCGGAAUCCCCCAAAAUAGAGUCUUGCAGGAGAUAGCACGGCGUAGCUCGUUUGCUAACACCCUACACCAUGGUCCCCAUCGGCUUCCCAAAGAUAUCGGCGUACGACGACGGUCAUGCGCCCCAACCAUGGACACCGCAAACGGCCUUCAAAUCAUACCAGCUCCUGCCACAAGCUCGUCUUCUAUGCAAGCCGAACUAGACUUUGGCCUAUUCACGAUUACCUCGCCCUCGAUACACGGCCUCAGCUUCAACAAGCCCACCCGUGUUGCCGAGUAUAGCUUGCCAUUUUCCUGGACGCAUUCUAUCAAUUUUGACUCCAUCUCACAGAGCCUCUCUUCUUCCCAGCAGUUGGUGAAGUGGACGAAGCCUUCCAAGAUGCAGCUCGAUGCGAUCUUCCAUUCAAAACAUUGGCCGCUCGUGGAUACUACAUAUGGAAGCCACAGUACAACACUUCCCAUGUACGCAAUCGCGUCACUUGCCAACAACAUAUCGUCGGGCGACCGUACAACUUCAAAUGAUGCCUAUGCACUGUUAAAGACGCUUCCUCUGGGUGACGUUUCACGAAGCUUGAAGGCCCUCCCGACUCCGAUUCUGGAUGCUAUCAAAGAAAGGGUGUUUGCUACUGCUGUCAGGGUUGGGGAUGUGGAUCUUGUAUCAACCAUGCUUGAGUUGGACAUGGACCCUCACGAGCAGGUCAUGAUGGACUGGCCGUCCGAGUCGAAACCAACCUACCCACUUCAGCUUGCUGUAGCUUCGGGUCAUUUCGCGGUUGCGAAAACACUAUGUAUGCACAUGUGUCGAGAGGCAACUCAUGUACAACUUGACGAGCUGAUUGACCAUGUUGUCGAAGGAUAUGAGUCCAAUCGUUCUCAUUACUCCAGACAUUCCGCCAAACUCAGCGAAUCAGAAAAGACAGAGCUGAUGUGCAUCGCUCUUGACGCUGGGGCCAAACCUCAUCAGAAUUUCCUCGGGACUGAUGAUAACAAAGUUUCCGUGACAUCUCUUAAGCAGCUGGUGGAAGCUUCGGAGGUAGGGAUCAUCGCAUGGCUGGAAGCAGGCCUACUGCAACAUUAUUUCACCAAGGGAAAACACGGGACGCACUUGGAAGCGCAAAACUCCUUAGCUAGAGACGUUCUGCAAUUUGUUCUGUACAGCCAACAGCACUAUCUGCCGAGGGGAGACCCAAGACUCAGGACAGCAAUUUUGGGCGCACUCCAUGCUGCUCUCCGUCCGCACAACGAAAUGGCUGUGGAGACGAUUCUGGAAGCAUUCAGUCUUCUGGGGUAUCACCUUAACGACGGAGACCCUCACAUAGGCAAUUUCGGCGCAUCCGGAUCCAUUGACAGAUCGAUUCUGGAGGCGUUUGACAACGCAGACUGGAGUCUAGUGGCGUCUUCGAUGAUAGAACACAAGUCUAUGGCAAAUACUGAUAAAGUUGGCUCCUUUGUAGAUCAAGAGUCAGCGCUCGACGAUGCCAUUGGAAAGAACGACUUAAGGCUCGCGUACCACAGGUACACCCUAUUGAACGAAAAGCGAGCUCGAAUUCGUCCUGGGCCACGCAUUGUCGAACUCGCGAUCAGCCUCGGCGACUCUACCUUUGCUAUCACCUUCGUCGAACAGAUGGAAGACUGCUCCCGUUUAGGUGUGUUAGGCCUUCUAGCUAUGUUGGAAGGUACUCAGAUCUCGACAGUCAGUACCCUUCUAUUACGGAAUCCCAUUUGGAAGCCUGCAUUGGAAGCUGCAAGCAAGGACGACGAUCUUUGCGCCUUAGAGACACUGUAUUUCCACGGUUUAGAGGUACCGUACAUGACUUCAAAGAGAUUUGGUGCUGUCCUAGACCAGAGUGAACUUCAGCUGUGUUUCCGAACUGUUGCUUAUCAUCUUAUGGCAAAGAACGACUACAAACUCUGUAAAUGGCUGCUAAAGCUUGGCAUGGAUCCUGAUGAGCUCCAUGCAUCUUGGGAUCAUCAAGUGUACGUGGGGAAAGCACCGGGAUUGCAUUGCUCUCUUCCUGGGGGCAUUGGCCCGUUAUAUCUGGUGGGUGAUAUAAUCUUUACGUUGCCUUCCCUCCUUGCCGUCGCAGCUGAGAAGAGCAACAUAGCUUGGAUGAGGUUUCUUAUGACAGAAGGUGUCUCUGUUAUUGAUUCGAUGGCGUUAUUGCGAGCAAUCAAGUCAAGAGCGACUGCCGCCACGAUACAUCUCCUCCUAGACGCAGCCAAGGCAGGGAUAUCUUCAAUUGGACGAAGCGUCUAUGGUGUUGCGGCACUUCGCCAAGCGGUGAGGCACCGCGACAUCUCUAGAAUCGACAUUCUAUGCGAUGUUGUCAAUAUCGAUGAGAUCGAGCCGUUCACCGAGGAGUUUCUGAAAGAGAAAGCGGCUAUUAGCCCUCUAGGUGAAGCGAUCAUCGCGGACGACUCCGAGAUGGUACGGCUAUUGUUGAAGCGCGGUGCCAGUCCAAACGCAUACGUAUCCUUUAAUGGCUUGAGAAUGUCGAAGCACAUCAAGAGUCACAUACAACGAGUGACUCCCUUACUGGCCGCUAUCGACAUACAAAGUCUUCCCCUGGUGAAGAUCCUGGUGGAGCAUGGGGCGGAGCUGCAGUAUACGCGCAGUAUGGGUAUCAGUCGCACGCCUUUGCAAAGAGCUGCCGAGACUGGUAGCUUCGAUAUUGUGGAGUAUCUCACCGACCAGGAUGCGAUUAUCGAUACAGUCCCAGUAUACUCUGGCGGCACCGCGUUGCAACUAGCUGCUUUGAAUGGAUUCUGCGGCAUUGCAGCGUUUCUGCUCGAGCACAGGGCCGAUACAAAUUACCCGCCGGCCAAGGGCGAUGGGCGGACAGCUUUCGAAGCAGCAGCAGAGUGGGGCCAUGUCGACACGAUGUCGCUUUUGAUGCAGUGGAACGUCAACCUCGAUGCACAGUUUGGAGAGCUUCCCGAAAGUCAGUACGAGCGGGCUCGAUGGUUUGCCGAGCAGAACGGGUUCAUGGCAUCAAAGCGCUUCGUCGAACAUCUCUAUGGGCAAAGGACGAGAGACGAAAGUUGGCCUGCGGGUUUGGCGUUGGAUUCGAUAUGAUUUAUGUGCUGAUAAUGCGGCGAACUGCGGACACCUCUAGAACGCGUCUUGUGUUAGUUCAAAUAGAAUGCGCCACUCAUACCUUGCCCAGGU